AUUUUACCUCAUUUCUAUCAAGUUAUUGUCAUUUCUGUCAUUUCAAAGAAUUUCCAGUUCCUUCUAUAAGAAGAAAUGUUUUUAUUGACUAACGUUUUCCUUAUUUACUUGACGAGUUGUUAUUGUCACGUGCCAGUGUUUGUGCGAAUUGAAGGACAUAUAUAACUGACGUUAUAUUCGACGUCAGUACACGAGCCUCCUCAGCUUUUAUUAUUCGCGAAUUAAAUAUCACAGUGUCGAGGUGAAAUUUGUGAAUUAUCAAGAUUUUUAUAGCUGAAAGUGAUAAACUAAACAGAAUAAACUCGUUUAAUUUUUAAGUAUUGAUAAUAUUUCAAAGUGUUACGUCAGCUUUCAAAAGCUGUUUAAUUGAGGAUUUUAUUUGCUACUGAUCUGUAAUUUGCAAUAGGAAUUUGCGAAAAAUAAUAUUCUAUAAAGAUUGUCGAGUCAUGAUAAGCAACUAAAAAGCAUGGUGGACUAAAUUUGUAUGUAGUCUGAUAGUGUGUUCCCGAUUUCGACUAUUUAUAAAUUAGUUAUUUGUUGUGCGAACAAAUAGUAAAAUAUUUAUAUUGUCGAAAUAAAAAUAAGCUUUUACUUUGCGAUGAGUGAUUUCAGCAAGGAUUUUUUCAUUGAUCCCGGUAUAACCAUAAAGCAAGAACCACAGUUCAAUGAUAAUACAACUAUAAAUAUGUCGGCUAGUGUUCCUAUACCGUCAAGAAGAGAUAUUAAUGACUACAGAGAUUUUAAUCCCGAUUUUGAAAACUCACAAUCACCUUUAUAUUCUGAUGUGGGAUUAAAUACUCAAUUACAAACUCCUGGCGUAUAUGACGGUAGUGCUUGGUCUUUGAGUAGAUUAAUUAGCAAUGAUGAGAUGCUUAAAUCAGAAGCUUUUAUACAUAUGGAUGAAGAUGAUAUCUUCCAAGUGGAUAAGGCUGAUUUAAUCCAAGGACCUACUUUAGCAGAGUUGAAUGCCAACGACGAAAAUUUUUUAGGUGAUCUAAACUUUGAUGAUUUAUUGCUUCCUGAAGAAAACACUUAUAUUAUAUUGGAGAAAGGUAAUUCACAGAAUAUGACUCACCAUAUUAACAAUAAUCCUAUUACAUCUUACCUUCCUCAAGGUAUACCUUACCACAGAGACUUGGAUUUACCAUCUAGUGUACCUACAAGUAAUUUUGAUAAUUACAAGUACAAAACGCCGGUUUCAGCAUUGUCUCCAGAGAGUCAGAACAGUUCGAACUCAUCACUUGUUCACUCCUUAUCAUCGCCAUCGAACGUAUCAAAUUUUCCGAAAAAGCACAGCACGCUUCAAGAGCUUCUAGUCAGCAAAGAUCCCUACGGUUCACCUGAACAUUCUAUAUUGGGACAGUCUUUUCCAGAAAGACGUACAUUAGUUCCUGUACAUAAUAGAUUAGGUAGGACGACAAAUUCAAGAUUAUCUUCUUCAGCACCAACUCAUUUAGGACUCGAACAAAUAUGGCAACGACGCGAACCUAGGAAGCACUUGUUAUCAACCAGUUCUUUAGUUGAAGCAGGUUCGACGUCUUCGUUGUCGACAGGUGGUCUACUAAGCCCAGAUCCGCCAGAUUUAUCUCAAGAUGAAGAAUCUGAUGAAGACAGCGACGCCCAUUAUGAGGAUUUUUCAUCAGAAAAUGAUUCAGAUGAGGAUGAAGAUAGGCAACUCAAACAUUCGAAUAAAAGAGAAAGAUACUUCUGGCAGUAUAAUGUUCAAGCUAAAGGACCAAAAGGACAAAGAUUGGUGAUGAAAAGCAAAAUGGAAGAUCCUCAUCGACUCCAUGAAGUUACCGAUCCUGUCUUUAGUCCUGAUUGCUCUGUUAGAGGUAUCAAACAUAGCGGAAAGGCUCGAAAAGGUGAUGGUAACGACUUGACACCUAAUGCAAGGAAAUUGUAUGUUAUUGGGAGGGAGCUUGAAAAACUUGGUAAAAUAAUUAACGAUAUGACACCAGUUAGUGAGUUACCUUUCAACGUAAGACCUACAUCUCGAAAAGAGAAAAAUAAGUUAGCAUCCAGAGCUUGUAGACUAAAGAAAAAGGCACAGCACGAAGCUAACAAGAUCAAAUUAAAUGGCUUGGAAUAUGAACACAAACGCCUCAUUAAUAGCAUCAGUCAAGCCAAACUUAUUUUGUCAGCGAAAUUAGCAGAAAACACUCAAGAACGACAAGAAGAACUCACAGCUAACGUGGAAAAAUAUUUAAGAAAUAUAGCUAAGGUAAAGAUAGCAGGUCAUACAACAGAAUACGUCAACAAAGUGUUGGAUAAAUUUAAAGGCAAUGCACAACCUAUAACGUUUACAGAAGAUUUGUAGAUGUAAAAAAAAUGUAUACGAAUGAACCAAAUCUCAUUGUGCAUUUUCUGUGGUAACUACUUUGUGGUACAUACAAAUACAGAGUGUUUGGAAAAUCCCUUGUUGAACCCAAACUACUAGUACUAGAUGCCGUUUUAUGUUUAUUUAAUAAGUUUAUUUACCACACAUUUUUUAAAACAAGUUUCAAACGAAUAAACUGGUCGUUACCAAUAAUAACAACUAAUUAUAUUCAAGCGCUUUUGGUUGUUGUUGGUCAUUAUAUCAUAAAUUAGUCAUUCGAUGUCACUAUUUUGGACGGCAAUUGAGUUAAACUUGUGGUUAUUGAAAAAGUGAUGUUAAGCUCGAUAUUUAAUAGUAAUAAACAAGCGUUCCAGUGAAAUAAAUAAAUGAAGGAUUAAUAAUCAUAAUCAUAAUAAUAUCAUCAUCAUAAUAAUAAUAAUAAAUCGUCUUUAUUGGUUCUAUAUGUUUACACAAUACAAUUAACAAAGUAUACAAUAUAGAGACUUAUAUGUUAUUAUAUUACAAAAACCCAAAAAACAUAAGGUUAGUUACAUAUUUGCUUAUUAAACAAAAUCGCUGUGUACUUAGAUUUAAAUGAAUUCAUACCAUACAAUUUAAGAUCCAAUUAAACUUUGACGACUAAACAAGUGAACCAUUUUGAAAAGGCGCUUAUUUAUGCUGAGACAUAGUUAACAGUUUUUCUCUGAAAUAAACAGGACCUGGGAGUGUGAAUCUAGUUAGAGAAUUUUACAUUUACAGUUAAUCGAUUAUUCAACCUCUUGUCUGAUCAAAGUUCUUCUUUUUUUUUAAAUAAAGGUAUUAAAAUUCAGAUUUACAUACCUUGAUUCAUUUAACGGAAUAAUGUUAAAUGAAUAAGAUAAAUAUUUCAAAUUAUGUUAUUCAAACAUAAAAACAAUUUUGAUUUUCUUGAAAAUGGGCGAAUAAAACAGUAUGUCCCAUCGAAGUAAAACCACUGUUAUUGUGUGUCAUAACUGGAAUUGUAACAAAUCAGAAAGAAGGAAACAAAAUUUACAACUACUUAUGUAAAAGGACUUCCUGUUAUGUGGACAGGAAAGAAAAUGAAUGCGUCAAAAAAUCGGGGGAAAGUGUCCCGGGUUUCAAUGACUGUGUUUUUAUUUUAGAUUGAAACUAUCUAAUAUUGGUAAAUACAGCCUUUAUUACCGAUAUCCAUACAUUUUUUUGGGAAUUGAGGUUAAGUGUUAGUGAGAAGUGAUAUAUUUGUUAUGACACGAUGAGUAAAUGACGAUUGUAAGCACUGAGUUUUUUCAGAAAAAAAUAACUAAAUGUGAUAAUUUUCACUUUCAAUCAUAUGAAUUAUGUUUUAAUUUCAUCUGGCAGUCCUAAACAAAUGAAAAGAAAUGUUUCUUAGCACGAUCGUCAAAUUAAAAGUAAGCGACAAUGUGGUAAAUAUAAAAAAUCAUAUAAUCUUUGAUGCGAAAUUGAAAAAACAGGGGCUUAGUGAUAUUUAGGGAAAUAAAAUCUUGAUAGGGACUAGGUUAUGUAGUCACCAUUUAGCAGGAGAUUUUCUAGACAUACUUUAUAUGUAUAUCUGUUAUGCAAGAUUUUAAAUGUUUUUAGUUGUACUCAUAUUUUAUUGUUAGUAACGGUACUUACAGCGUUUGAAUUAUACUUUGAAUUUGUAUAAAGCAGAUCGUUUUUUUUGUAACAUUUUUUAUUGUUUGAAUCUUUCUCAAACAACUAAUGUAUUUAUUAAUAUAAAUUUCUUGAAAUGUUCACUUUUCUUUAGUUCUUAUAUACAUUUUUGACUUUAAGUUUGUUUCAAUGUAAAUUUUUUUUACCUAACAUGAUCAUUUAUGAAUGUCCUGUCCAACAUUAUUCAAUGUUUUCAAAUAAAAAAACAUCAAAUCUAAAUUAUUUAUACUAACAUUGAAAUCCAUGAAAUAAAAUUAGAAAUUGUUAAUAGGUUUAUCACCCCUAUGGUGGUAAAACCACUUUUCACUCUCUGGAAGGUGUUGGAAGGAGCAUCCGAACGAAUCCCGGAGGAACUAUUUGCAAUAGGCUCACACAGCGCCUCGUCUAUGCGGAUGAUGUUGACAUCAUAGCACAUGAGAACCUCAAGGACCUCAAACCACGUUCCAAUUCAGAGAACAUCGCUUCCCUAUGUGCCACCAAUUCAAAUAUCUUGGAAUCUUGAUAACUGAAGAUGAUGCGUGACAACAAGAGUUGCUGCGGGAAACAGAUGGUUCUGGGCAGUCCAAGAGCGACUUUCACGGAGAUCAAAGCUCACAGUUUACAAUACCAGUAGUCACACAUGGGUGAGAGACAUGGACUAUGACGGCAACAAAUAAGAUCCUGUGAAAGAUUUUUGGUCCUGUUUGCGAGAACGGUGCGUGGACGAUCUGGAGAAAUACUGAGCUGAGAUAGAUGCUUGGCGAGCCAGAUUUGGUGGCGACUAAGAGGAAGACCGCGCUUUCGCUGGUUGGAGGACGUUGAGGCGGAUCUGAUCUAGUUAGGGGUUCGACCUUGGAGACACCAUGCUCAAGGACAGAAAGGAUUGAUAGUGGAUUGUUGAAAUGUACCUGGUUCUAAAAGGAGCGUAGCACUGGUUAAAGAAGAAUAUGGUUGUAAAACGAAGGAUUGAGUUUUAGUUUUUUUCAGAUCUUUCUAUAUUUUGGCUGCUGCUAACACAGUAAAACCAAAAAAAAAUAUUUUUAUUGUUAUAAAUUUUCUAUUAUUAUGUUGAUUAGUUAUUUAUAUUUAAAUAAUUGUUUAUUUAUAGAUUUAUCAUUGAAUGAGUAAUUCAUAUUACUUUUCGUUUUCUAAUAUUUCGAAAGCUGUAAGUACUAACGGUUACUGUUUAUUCGGAAACCUGAUUGUUUUAUUAAUUUUGAGACAUGCCUAUUUUUGUAAAUCGUUAAAAUGUAUAAAUUAUUUUUAAAUACUUAUAAUAUAUGUUUAAGUACA